AUGGUCGAGUCAGAACCAACCAUCAAGCGCUCCGCCUCUUCCUUCUCGCCUGAAGAUGGACUGAAUCCUCCUGAUGCAAAGCGCGUCAAGCGUCACUACCACCACCAUCACCGCCUGCAGAGCCCCGUUAACCCAGCUCUACCUGAGCCCGCCAUCGUCGACGAUGUUUGCGUCGACCAGCUCCUAAACCGGUCCAUCAGUCAAUAUUUACGAACAUGCGGGUUUGAGCUCGCAGACCCUGCCGCGCUGGACGCCUUUCGCAGGGUGACUGAAGAAUAUAUCUUAAGCGUCGCAUCCUACGUGCGACAAUCCAUGCUAUCGAGCCGGCGCACCCAACCCAUACCUCAUGAUUUCGACGAUGCCCUACGCCGUCACUCUGUUCCGUACACCGACCUCCUCCCACACGUUCAACCUCAUCCCAAUCUCGACCCCAUCCCGACCCCUCAGCCCACUCCCCCGCCAGAAGAAGACUCCUUCAAGGCCCUCCCAUCCUUUGGGCCACAGCUUAGCGUCGAGAACGACCGCGUCCGGAGCUCCUACAUUCCGAAACACUUCCCCGCCUUCCCCAGCAAACACACCUACCGCCAUACGGCAGUCUUCACGGAACGCGAGCAGGACGCUCGGAUAAUUCGCGAGCGCGCUACUGAAGACGGCCGGCACGGAGAGGAGGCUCUGCGCAAGCUGGCGCGGGCGGCCUUCAAGGACAACCAGUUUGGGUCCUCGGCGCGCGAGAAGAAACCCUGGGGCCGGCGCGCAGAGACGAUGGAUAGUAUGUUUGAGAAGACUGUGAAGGGGCUGGCGAAACGGAUGCAGCGGACCGCCACAGUGCCGGGUGCGGCGGCGCCCAUGGAAAUCGAUUCGGGAGCUGGGUUGGAUACGGAGGUCAAGCCGAUUAGGUCGAAGCUCGCGUUGAGCAUCGAGCUGCCGCCUAUUAUCAACUGCGAGCGGGAGUUCUGGCGGCGGGCGCCGUCGUCGGGGACGCGAAGAGCAGUAGAGGAUAAGCAACCUGCCGUGAAGAAGGAAGCUCAUGAUAGAGCUUCCCGGGUGGACAGCUGGGCGCACAACCGGUUGACAGACGAUGACACCAGGCUUGGGGAUCCCGCCCUGAGGAGGAUUACACGAGUAUUGUACCAUCUCCAGCAGCUGGCAUUUCUCCAGAUCGACGGGGCCGCCUUUGCGACGCUUCUCUUGGAAGUUCUUGGUCGAUAUGUUGACGUGCUCAGGGAGGGUUUCGGCGUGGAAAACGGGGACGAGGGGGGCCAUUGUCUGUUACUGACGGAAGUGCAUGAGGAGAGGCUGGACGAGCUCUUGCAUGAUCUCAGAGAACUAUACCAAGAACGUAUCGGAAGGAAUACCCUGAAGCCUCGCUUUGGGGUCGACGAGCUCGACAACCUCCUGGGUAUUUUCACCGCACCCGCUCCGUCGGGACAGCAUCGAGCAGACACUGCACAGGAAGAACUUCAGAUCGCCCCAGAGCAUGACCAAUUUGGGAUAGAUGCCAAUACGCAUUUUGCCGGUAUCGCGGUGCCUGCUUAUACGAGCCAUGCAGACCCCGUCUUGGAGAUAUCUAGCACGUCUUCUGCAGCAGGAAAGACCAAUUUGCUGUACUAUCUGACUGCCCUCGCUGUUCUACCGGCCGAGGUCAACGGCUUUCAGAUCGGAGGUCAUGACUCGGCGGUGGUCUUCAUAGACACUGAUGGACGCUUUGAUGCCGAGCGACUGCGUACCGUCCUUCGCGGCGUUGUUAAGGUUAAAUGCGGAGCACAGGAUAUGAGUCGACUUGACGAGGAAACGGAGAGAACGAUCGUGUCUUGCUUGGAACAUGUCCAUAUCUUCCAGCCCCAGUCUUCGUCGGCCCUUCUUGCCACACUCCAGCAGCUGGAUACUUACCUCCUGGAUCUCGCCCGCCAUGUAUCUAGCUCUCGAGCACUCCGGCUGCUAUUCCUGGACAGUGCGAAUGCUUUUUACUGGCAGGAUAGGUUGCAAGACGAGGUGACUCGCAUCGAACAAAUAGGGCGUCCGGCUGCAGAGAUCGAGACCGAUCGCCGUAAGAAACAGAGCUUCUACCUCUUCGCCAUGUACACGGACUUGGUGAGGGAGUUGAAGCGACUGCAGCGCGUGUUUAGCUGUGCAAUUGUCUUCACUACUACUGCUACCCCACAUACAACACCAGGCCGUCAUUCACAUGAGUACCAACCCUCUGGACCAUAUGAGCUUUUUAACCCUCUUGAUGCACCUGCCUUCCGGAGGCCGUCCUUCCGAUCGGCUCUUCCAGCACCGUGGGGGACUUUCCCUGCACUGCGAGUCGUUGUCCAGCGUGAUCCGGUUCGGCCAUUUCCUGCCGCGAUGGGCUUGCAGGAGGCUGAAGAGAAUGCGGCCAAGCGGCAGGAGGUUCUCAUGCGUGGCCGAUUCUGCGGUUGGGUGAAUAUGUGGGGACGUGAAGACUGGCCGCGGAGAUGGCUCGAGGGUGUUGAGGCACUGGAUGGGGGCAUGUUUUUCUUUCGGAUGGGUAGAGAUGGAGUGCAAUUCGGGUAA